AUGGCCUCCACAAUUGAUUGGUCUCAGCGUCCUACGUACUCCCCGGAGCAAUUAGACAAGUACUUUGACCGCAUCAAACUUCCUGCCAAGUAUCGGCAAUCCCCAGUGGUUCAGACCGGCACGAUUAAUAGUGACGAUGAGACUCUAUGCUGUUUAAAGGCACUAGAGCGAUAUCAGCUGGCAGCAGUGCCAUUUGAAAACCUCAACUUGCAUUAUUCGGUGCAACGCCACAUCUCCAUAGAUGCGGGAAAGCUCUUCGAGAAGAUCGUGGAGACCAAGUCCGAGCGGGGAGGAUACUGUAUGGAGAACAAUACGUUUUUCGGAACCGUCUUGCGGAGCCUAGGCUACCAAGUUACCUCGGUCGGGGGAAGGGUUAAUGAAGCAGCACAGCAAACGUCGGCCUCGAGGAACGGGAGGGGUCCCAAAUACGGUGGAUGGAACCACAUGGUCAACCUUAUUACUAUCGGUGAACAAAAGUACCUGGUAGACGUGGGAUUUGGAUCAAAUGGACCACACCAGCCAAUACCGUUAAUUCAGGACUUCAAAUUCCACAACGUGGGUGAGCAGUCAGGACGUCUACGCUAUGGACCAAUCUCCCAACUCACCAGCAAGAGCCAGCAACCUCUUUGGCAAUAUGAGAUUCAAAAUGGUGGCGGAUAUUGGAUCCCCAGUUAUUGCUUCACUGAGACCGAGUUUAUCCCCGAGGAUUUCACCAUGAUGAAUUACUAUAUGAGCACCAGUCGAGACAGUUGGUUCACUUUUCAUGUUGUGUGUGUUCGUAUGCUCCUAGAUGAGGGGACUGAGACCAUUGUGGGCGACCUAACGCUGUUUGAUAAUUCGUUAAAACGGCGGACAGGUGCCACAUCGGAAGUGGUACAGACAUUCAGCUCCGAUGAGGAGCGUGUGUCUGCAUUGGAAAAAAUUUUUAAUAUCCAUAUUAGUCCAGCCGAUAGAGAUAGCAUCCGCUAA